AUGGGCAUUCUGAGUUCGAUUUUGGGGUUUUGCGGUUUUGGAUUUGGAACUUCAAUUGGGCUUGUGAUCGGGUAUUACCUCUUCAUCUACUUCCAGCCAACUGACGUCAAGGAUCCUGGUAUUCGUCCUUUGGUUGGGCAAGAUUCAAAUACUUUGCAACGGCUGCUUCCGGAGAUACCCAUGUGGGUUAAAAAUCCAGACUAUGAUCGUGUUGACUGGCUUAAUAAAUUUAUUGAGCUUAUGUGGCCUUACCUGGACAAGGCAAUUUGCAAAACUGCAAGGACCAUAGCAAAGCCCAUUAUUGCUGAGCAAAUUCCAAAAUACAAAAUUGAUUCCGUUGAGUUUGAAGCACUUUCCUUGGGCUCCUUACCACCAACUUUUCAAGGAAUAAAAGUCUAUAUCACUGGUGAGAAGGAAUUGAUAAUGGAACUAUCAAUGAAGUGGGCAGGCAAUCCAAACAUCCUUGUUGCAGUUAAAGCAUUUGGGUUAAGAGCCACAGUUCAGGUGGUUGAUUUGCAAGUGUUUGCUUCUCCACGUAUCACCAUGAAGCCUUUGGUUCCAGCAUUUCCUUGUUUUUCAAAAAUUUUUGUGUCUCUAAUGGAGAAGCCACAUGUUGACUUUGGAUUAAAACUACUUGGCGCAGAUGCUAUGGCUAUUCCUGGCCUAUAUAGGUUUGUCCAGGAGCUUAUUAAAGAUCAAGUGGCAAACAUGUACCUAUGGCCCAAAGCCCUAGAAGUACCAAUCAUGGAUCCUACAAUGGCUAUGAGGAAACCUGUUGGAGUUCUCCAUGUAAAAGUUAUAAAGGCAAUAAAGCUUAAAAAGAAAGAUUUAUUAGGAGCAGCAGAUCCUUAUGUGAAAGUCAAGCUCACUGAGGACAAGCUUCCUUCAAAGAAAACAGCUGUGAAACACAACAAUUUGAACCCAGAAUGGAAUCAAGAGUUUAAUUGGGUUGUCAGAGACCCAGGGACUCAAGCAUUAGAGGUUGUAGUUUAUGAUUGGGAAAAGAUUGGCAAACACGACAAAAUGGGUAUGAAUGUCAUUCCACUAAAGGAUCUUACACCCGAUGAGCCUAAAGUUGUGACUGUUGACAUACUGAAAAACAUGGACGCAAAUGAUGCUCAAAAUGAGAAGUUACGUGGACAGCUUGUUGUGGAACUGAUCUAUAAACCUUUUAAGGAGGAUGAGAUGCCUAAAGAUGAUGAAGAUCCAAAUGCCAUACAAAAGGCUCCUGAAGGAACACCUGCAGGUGGUGGGGUGCUUGUAGUUUUAGUCCAUGAAGCUGAAGAUGUGGAAGGAAAGCACCACACUAACCCACAAGUGCGAAUACUCUUCAGAGGAGAGGAGAGAAGAACCAAGAUAGUCAAGAAAAAUCGUGAUCCAAGAUGGGAAGAGGAGUUUCAGUUUAUGUUAGACGAACCACCGAAAAGCGAUAGGCUUCAUGUUGAAGUAAUUAGCAUCUCCUCAAGGAUGGGCCUGUUGCAUCCCAAGGAAACUCUUGGAUAUGUGGAUAUAAACUUGGCGGAUGUUGUUAGCAAUAGAAGAAUCAAUGAAAAAUACCAUCUGAUUGACUCAAAGAAUGGACGGCUUCAAAUUGAGCUGCAGUGGAGAACAUCUUAG